CUCUCCAUCUGAGGGAGCAUGACAUACUUUUGUUUUCAUUCCUUUGCCAAUCCAGUGGCUCAAAAAGCUUUGAACAUCAGCUCGGAUAAUUGUGGACUUACCAAAGGCAGAGGGAUCCACUAGUGACCAAAGCAGUGUGACAUCAUGGCAGAGGCAGAGCCUGAUAAUCCGAACCCAUUGAGGAGUUCUGGGAGCUUUGAAUUCACUCGUCCAAAUUUGGCAGAGGAGAGCGAUCGAGACGAGGAUGAAGGUUUAACCAUGACUGUAAAAGCUAAACAUCCCCUGAACCUGGUUCUGUUUGGAAGACAAAAAGCAGGGAAGACCUCAGCAGCCAAGGCCAUUCUAGGUCAGACAGACCUUCCUUCAGCCUCCAACUCAUCAGAGUGUGUUAGAAACCAGGGAGAGGUUUGUGGACGUUGGGUUUCUGUGGUGGAGCUGCCUGCCUUGUAUGGAAAAGCUCAGCAGGAAGUGAUGGAGGAAUCAUUCAGGUGUAUCUCCCUCUGUGAUCCUGAAGGUGUCCACGCCUUCAUCCUGGUCCUACGUGUGGGUCCCCUCACUGAUGAAGACAAGGGAGAAUUACAGACCAUCCAGGAAACAUUCAGCUCUAGAGUCAAUGACUUCACCAUGAUCCUGUUCACUGUGGACUCAGACCCUACAGCUGUAGAUGUUAACGUCAUAGAGACUGAUAGAAACAUCCAGGAGCUCCUUCAGAGCUGUGGAGGAAGAUAUGCUGUUCUCAACAUCAAGGAUCCAAAGCAGAUCCCCCAACUGUUGGACAUUGUGGGAGAGAAAAACAUAUCUGAUAAUAAAACACAGAGCUACACAACAGUAAUGUUUGCAAAUGUCCAAAAGGAAAGACUACUGAAACAACAGAAAGAACUAGAAGAAUUAAAGACAGAAAAGAUGGGCAGUGAUAAGAAAAACACCCCAGAGUGUCUAAGGAUUGUCCUGAUUGGGAAAACUGGGAAUGGAAAGAGUUCAUCAGGAAACACCAUUCUGGGGAAAAAAGUGUUCACAUUUGGAUCAAGUCAAAGAUCAGUAACUAAACGCUGUCAGAAAGAGCAAGGUUUAGUCAACGGUCGCCCUGUUGUGGUUGUUGACACUCCUGGUUUAUUUGGAAACAGUUUGUCCCAUGAAGCAGUCAGUGAGGAGCUGGUGAGAUGCACCAGUCUUCUGGCUCCAGGUCCACAUGUCUUCCUGGUGGUGAUUCCAAUCGGCAGAUUUACAGAAGAGGAGAACGAGACUUUAAAACGCAUCCAUAAGGUGUUUGGUAAAAAUUCAGAAAAAUUCACCAUAAUUCUUUUUACUAGAGGAGAUGAUCUGGAGUAUGAGGAGAAGUCUAUUGAAGAUUAUGUGGAAAAGAAUUGUGAGGAACCCUGCAAGAAGCUGAUCAGAGACUGUGGAGGGAGAUACCAUGUGUUUAACAACCAUGGGAAAUGGAAUCGAUUACAAGUCAGAGAGCUGAUCAGAAAGGUCGACAUCAUGGUGAGGGAAAAUGGAGGCCGCUAUUACACAAACGAGAUGCUGCAGGAGACCUAAGCUGAGAUACAAAAGAGAAUGGAGAAAAUCCUGAAGGAAAAAGAAGAAGAUAUAAAAAAACUGAAAGAGGAGCUGAAAAAGAAAAAUUGAAGAAGAAAAAGAAGCAAUGAAAAGAAAAAUUAGAAAACAAUUAGCUGAGUAACUUAGAGACGGAAGAAAACAUCAUCAAGAAAAAACAACAGAUAAGAGAAGAAGAAAAGAGGAGGAAUAACAACACCAACAGUGGGAAACAGAACGACAAAAAAGAUUAAGAUGGAAUCAGAAGAAAAGGAAACAACUGACAGAAAACUGGAAGAGAUGAGAAAACGGAUGGAAGAAAAAAAGAGACGUCUGGGAGAAGGAGAGGAAGGAGUGGUGGGAAAAACGACACAGAGAGGAUGAAGAAAGAAGAGAAGAACUAAAGAGGCUUCAAGAGAACUUAGACAAAGAAAGAGAAAAAUAUGAAAAUAAAACAAAACAAUAUGAUCAGGAGAGAAUGGAAAAAGAAUUAGAGGAAAAAUAUCUGAAACAGGCCAGAAAACAGGCUGAAGAAUCCAGCUCUAAGAAAUAUUAUAUGAAUACAACAAAUAGGAUAGUAGCAGAUCCUUGAAAUACAAAAGAAAUGUCAUGGUGAUAUAAAACUAAGAAUUUCUGUAAAAAAAUCAAUGAUCCAAAAAAUGAUUAGAACACCAUCCAAAAUAAGAUGUGGACAGGCUUAAUAUGCCCCCAAUUUGAUCAAUAUUAAGCCAGACUCAUCAAGCUCUUCCAGGAGGAUCCAACACUCUGAACAACUCAAAUUAGUUAAUUUUACAAAAAGUCUCAAUUUACAACUCACCAGCUCAAGGAUGUUUAUACUCAGUUGAUCAAAUCAGUUAGUUUUCUAACUACAAGGAGAUCCAGCUGGUUACACUGAGUCAUUGAUUUCCAGCAUUCACUCCUAAAUCAGCAGAUACAGAGCAUGCCUCAAAGAUUCCAAACAGUAUAGCAGAAUCGGGAUCUGGGUUAAUCUGGGUCUGCAUGGUGCUGAUGAUGCUGUAGCUGUUAGCUGUAUGGGGGCCACUGGUGUCUGGUGAACACUCAUUCUGAUGUAAAUAUCUGUAAACUUUAAUUCAGCUUCAUUUUUUAUAUUUGAAUUUGUCCGAAAAAAGACAGAGGCAGACUUAAAAGAGGUUAAAAUACUAUUAGUUGAUGGUCUUUUUUUUUGUUCCUGGCAUUACAUCUAUUAUGCAUAACAUUUAUUAUAACUUAACUUUGAACAAAACUUAACUCCAGAGGAAGAAAAAAAUAUUUGGUUAUCUGAUGAUUUUGUGUUUUUUCACAUUCAGCAAUGAAAAGUAUUAAUAUUUUAAGGAUUUUUAAAUUAUAAAGAGGAAUGAUAUAAAAAAAAUUACAGAUAAGACACCUUCUGUGAAAGUUAAAUAGGUUUUUGAUCAAGAUGUAGCAGUUGGUUGAGAAACUUUUUCUGGAUCAUAAAUGUUUUGUCUUCUGUCUUGUGUUCUGAAACCUGAUAUCUGCAAGUUGUCUUUGCAGAGACUGAUCCAGGGCUUAGAAAGUGAAAUUGGAAUAAAUAAAAAAAUACAAAAAGCAUUCUGUAAUUGUUUUCUAUCAUUUCUUCUGCCAGUUAUUCUGUAACAUUUAUUGUUUCAUUUUUCAUUUUUUGUGUUUUUUUUGCAAAACUGGUUUUCUUUAGAUAGUCCAAUGUGAUUAAACACUCAAGGCAGAUGCAUUGUUUGGAGACUACUAAAAGCAUAAAUAUAGGAAUAUUGUAUAUGUAAUUAUUUUAACUCAAAGCAGAAAUGUGUAUAAAAAUAGAUGUUUCAUGGAUGAAUUGCUUCAUUUGGUUUGUUUUAUGUUAACUGCUUUUAAUUAAGACUUGAAAAUAAGUGUAAGAGGUUAUUUCCUGUUUUUGACCUUGCUUUUUUAAGCCUCUGUGCUUCUGAAUUAUUGCUUUGCCAUUAGCGUAUGCAUCACAGAGAAAAGCGUAACAAGGUAAAUAUGGGGAAUUUAGCAUAAAGUCAUUGAUACACAUUUUCAUUUAGUGUCAGAGAAGGCCUUAAAAAAAAGAUGGGGGAAUGUGGUACUGCAGUCCGUCCCAACCCCUUAACCCUAAUCAGUAUGCUCCUUUCAGGCUCUGACUGCAAACUUUUUUAUGGUACUGUAGAAGAAAAACCAAAUGCUUUGUCCCCAUUUCCUCGUGUACAUGAAAAUUAAAAAGUCUCUAUAUUGCAGACUGUAGGCCCCAUGAUGUCAGAAAGCUUUAGACAGUGAAAUUAUUCAUCACCUACAUAAAAAAAAGUCUGAACACAAAAAGACAGACGUUUGUCUGCUGCACAUAAGCUAAGGUGUAGAGUAAUUACUUCAUAGAUUGUGACCAACCUCAAAGAGCCAUGGAAAUCCCUAUCCGGUACAUGGAGGCAUUAACCAAAGGCUUUCAUGUCUUGGAAUACAUCCCAAUAAUCUACAGUAUAAUCAAUAAUACAGACUGACUCCAUCAAUUUCUGCUUGGUUCUAAAAAAAUGUAAGAUCAUCGUAAAAAAUGCAAUUUUCACUGCAGGGUGUUGGUGGCCUAGUAGUUAGGGCAUUGCCCUAGGAG